GACGGGAUUACAGAGCGCGGAGCGGCUGUGCUGUGCGCCCUGCUAUGGACUCCUCCGCACGGCAUUUCUCAGUCUGUCUCAACUGAUCUACACCCGCGACCCGUCACCUACACCCCGCAAUCCCACGGACCCUGCUACACCAGCUGUAUGGAAACAUGGCCGACGUCCCCCAGAUCGUCAAAAUUGGGAUUUCCUUGAAAAUGCUCCCCAACAACGCCGCCGUGCACUUCAAGUCCGACGGCGCCAGGUUCGGACAGACAAGGACCAUCAAGCUGCUGACCGGCUCCAAGUACAAAAUCGAGGUGGUCGUCAAACCGGGAGCGGUCGAGGCCACGUCGAUGAGUGUGGGUGGGGUGACCUUCCCCCUGGAGCAGCAGUCUAAAGACCCGCAGUCGGUGGUCUACACCGGCCAGUACGACACAGAAGGGGUGGCACACACCAAGAGUGGAGAGAGGCAGCCAGUUCAAAUCAACAUACAGUUCACAGAGGCGGGAAUGUUUGAGACGGUGUGGCAGGUGAAGUACUACAACUACAACAAGAGGGACCACUGCCAGUGGGGAAACAGCUUCAACAGCAUCGAGUACGAAUGCAAACCCAACGACACGCGCACGCUCAUGUGGGUCAACAAGGAGAUGUUUGUCUGAUGGAGGAGCCGCAUGAAAUAUUCAGCGCGUCUCUAACUGUCAAUAUGUCACGAUGAGUUAAGACGUUUCCUUUUGCAUCCUGGAUUUAUUUAUCCUUCCUUCCCGAAUGUGCUGUCAAUCACUCCAGUUAACUUGGCUUUACUCUUUCACUCUUUCUACCAUUUACCACCACCACAGAAAAUCUAAAGAGCUUUGUGCAGUACAAAAUGCAUCGGAUUUACUGCCAGGUCCGAUCCUAAUCAUAAUACAGUACCACUGCCAGUCUUUUUACAGUGCUUUGCUAUGUUUAUGCAGUUUAUACACAUGUGUCAGAAUCAAUAUGGCACAUUGUAUUGAGUUUAAAAUGGAACAUGCAGCAGGUCUCAACAUCCUACUUUUAAAAUCUGUUUUAAUUAUGUAUUGAAAGACCAGGAUUACAUGGUGUGAGUAUUGUUUUCAUGUACAGUUCAGUUGUGGCAUCUGGUAACCCUCGAGUGUGUUGUAGCGAUGUUGUAUGUGUGCCUGUGUGUGUAGCUACAGUAUGUACAAGUAUGCGCUUAUUUUACAAAUGGUGCUUGUACAGAUGUGUUUGUGUUUAUAAGCUAUGUCUGUGUGUGAGGAGUUACAUUCCAAAAUGACCAUCGAACAUUUCCAAAAAAAUUAUUAUUGAGUUUAUUAUUGCUGGCAUGAAAGUUAAGUACAAUGACUCAUGUUAACAUUUACCAAAAUGCCAUGUAGGAUAGAUUUCCCCUCUCAGGUCCAGUACUUAUACAGGAUAUUGCCACGACAUCUGCAGCUUCUAAUGUUAAAACUGUGGGGUGUAUUUUCAAAGUAUGCAACAGAGCAAUGCAAUCUGAGCAAAGAAACCCUCUAUACAGAGUUAAAAACAAAUUCAAAUAAGGUAGUUUAGCUUUUUAUCAACUACUUUCCUCACAAAACAGAAGCAAACCGCUUUAAGUCACUCGCGACUGAAUCAAGAUGUAGUAGUGAAACGCUGUGCUGCCACCCAAUCAUUGCUCAAGACAGGAGGCCAGGUGGACCGGAGCAUUGUUCGUCUAAAAGAGUUACAUGAUAGUGUAGCUGCCCGCCUCUUAUCACUUUUACUGCAUUUAAUUCAUCAAAUUGUGCACUUUACCCAGAUACCUUGAUAAAAUCUGUGACAUGCUCUAGAGAUGUGCACAAUCUGAUAUCACCAUGCUGGUGUUGUUCCUACAGCAGGAGGAUUAUGUUGCUCCAGGACCAUCAUUGCAACUGACCAAUCACGUUGUUGUGAUGUCAUAGCUUUGCGACUAGGGAAAAAGACAGCAAAAAUACGCACAUGUGAGAUGAUCUUUUCCUACGCCUAACCAAGCAGGCUUGUUACCUAAACUUAACCAGGCUGACAAAAAAAAAAAAAACAACAAAACUGAAAAUAUUAAGUCAACCAA